AUGGACGUGGAUGGAGAAGAAUAUCACCAAAAUCAAGUAUCCAUCCAACGUUCAUCGAGCCCUGUCCAACGUGCCUCCUCCGUGCCGCACCGUCUGCCACAUUUCACGGUCGGUUAUGUCUAUUCUCAGGACAUGAUGCUCCAUUCAUCGGCAACUGGGGAGCAUCCGGAGCAGCCAGAACGAAUAUCAAGAAUUCGAACGGCAAUUCGCGACGCGAAUUUAUUGCAGAAAAUGAAACAAAUCCCGAUUCGACCUGUAAAGCGAGAUGAAGCCCUUCUUGUCCAUUCUCAAGAACAUUGGCACAAGGUCCUUGCAAUUCAAUCAAUGACACCGUCCGAAAUUUUUGAAUCAGAAGCUUAUUAUGAGUCCCUAUCUCUGUACGUUACCAGCGGUACUACCCGAGCUGCGCGCUUGAGUUGUGGAGGCGUGAUUGAGGCAUGUCUCGCUGUGGCUCGUGGCGAGCUGAAGAAGACCUUUGCAAUAGUACGACCCCCCGGCCACCAUGCUGAGCCUGAGGAGCACAUGGGUUUUUGUUUUUUCAACAAUGUCGCUGUCGCCUGCAAAAGUAAUGGAACACAGCGUGCUUUCAAUGAUGACCCCUCUGUCCUGUACAUCUCGUUGCAUCGCUAUGAGCGAGGGCAAUUUUACCCAUGUGGACCGUUUGGUAGCCUUGAAUCGUGUGGUGAAGGGGCUGGUCUUGGCUACUCUGUCAAUAUACCUUGGCCGAAGAAGGGCAUGACAGAUGCGGAUUAUAUCCAUGCCUUCCAACAAAUUGUGAUGCCAAUAGGAAUGGAAUUUGCUCCAGAUCUAGUGAUUAUCUCUGCUGGCUUUGACGCUGCUGUUGGGGAUGAUCUUGGCGAAUGUUUUGUUUCUCCGGCGGGAUACGCACACAUGACACACAUGUUAUCGGGGCUCGCCGGUGGAAAUUUAGUCGUCGCCUUAGAGGGUGGCUAUAACCUUGAUUCCAUAUCUAACUCUUCUCUCGCAGUUGCUCGCGUACUUCUUGGCGAGGCUCCUCCUGAGCUCCCCCCUAUGGUUGCAUCUGAGGCAGGAACAGAAACGGUUUGGCAGGUCGCUAUGGAGCAGAGCAAAUACUGGAAGAGCGUGAACCCCAAGGCAUGUGAACCACGCGAAGAGGUCGAUGAAAUAUCAUUCUCAAUCCCAGAAAUUCUUAAGGGCCACAGACAACACUUUCUAUAUACGCAAUACCAAAUGCUCCAGGUUCCAUUAAUGACCAAGAUGUUUGAAGAACGUUUCGGCUCUCAAGUUAUGUGCACGAGUGACUUUCUACAAAAUCCUACAAUUAUUGUAUUUGUCCAUGAAUUCGGAAAUCUGCGCAUAGAACUAGACGGAAAGCCUACGUGCGACGUGCAGAUGGAGAACUCUUACCUAAUCGACUUUUCGAAGGAACUCAUUUCAUGGGUUACGAAGGAAAAAUAUGCUCUGCUUGAUGUCAAUGUCUUUCCGAGACCGUUUGCCUCGCCUUUGCCGCGCGGCCACAAACACGUAGAGUCAUGGUCAAGGGAUGUUCUCACUUACCUAUGGGAUAACUAUAUACAGCUUUCGGGAGCGAAGAACAUAAUCUUCAUUGGACAUGGCCCCGGUUGUCAUGCACUUAUGGAGCUUAUGGAGAGCCGUCCGGUCGGCAUGAUUCGCUAUGUCAAUACGGUGAUACAGGUUGUGGGAAACAUGAACAUCCCGUUGAUACCCAAGGACGCAGAUGAACUCCGAGCAUGGUAUUCCAAGAACUCGCUCGUAAUUGUCCAUCCAGAGCACCCAGCAUUUGCUCCUGAAGCGAGGAUUCUCAAGAGACAUGGCAGGGUCCUUCAGAUUGAGGAGAGCAAACCCAUCAAGCUCAUUAUGAAAGGGCUCCCUUUGAUCCAGGACCACAUCAGACAGUCCCUCGUAGGAAAGCCGCGAUAA